AUGGAUAUUGAAAUCAUGUUGGACCGUAGGUUUGGCGGGGAGUGUGAGAGAAGGAGUAGUUGGUGGAGAGAGCAGCAGGUGUGGCUGAGUCUUCAGGACGAAUCCAAGUCUCAAUUUGUUUCGAACUUUAUUCUUCAUAUUUCAGCCCUUGUGAUGUUGAGCCUCCUGGGUUGUGCGUUGGCACAGGACAGGACGUUUUCAUGGAAUGGUCGUGGAGAACCUAGUCAGAAUGAUACAAACGAGAACGUGUGUCUGACUGAUGAGGCCUCCUGUGGGUGCUGUCUGAUGCAGCAGAUGAUGUGGAGGAUGGAGACGUUCUUCAACAUGAGUCUAAAUGAGCUGCAGAGGGGCCUGGAGAGAGCUCAAGGCGUUUUAAACAAUAUUCGUUCCAGCCGCAGCGCCUUCUCCGUGGCCCUCACCGACGAACGCCUCUGCGUGGGACCGUAUCGAGAAGAAGCCAUAGUGAAGUAUGGGAGUGUAUUCAUUAACGUGGGAGAUGGCUUCAGCACCAGCACUGGCACCUUUGUCGCUCCACGUUCCGGUGUCUACAACCUGGCACUCACCGUGUACAGUGAUGCCGGUGCCCCCGGUGCCAGACUCGCCGCCUGUGCACGACUCCGGCUGAAUGGACGCACACUAGCAGCACUGAGUGAAAACAACCGUCAAGAUCAAGAGGAUAGUGUUAGCGCUGUGCUAGCAGUGCAGCUGCGUGCAGGGGACGCAGUGGAUGUUGCUCUGCCAGCCGGUUGCUUCUUGUGUGAUGACAACAACCAUUACAAUACUUUCACUGGCUUCCUGCUCUAUGCAACUGAUUAA